CUUGGAUGAGUAUUGGAUUUACCUAUGGUUUUGUUGUUUUGUUUUGUUUCUUGAUUCUUUGAUUCUUUGUGUGAGCUUGUUUUGGGAGAUAUGGCAGGAGUGCCGAUGAAUCGGGGGUGCUAUGAAUGUGGCUCGUUGAGUCAUUGGGUGCGUGAUUGUCCGCAGCGGGCUCGUCAGUUUCGCCCUCCGGUUACGGGAGCGAAUGCAGUACCGAUUGGUGCUCCUAUGCUGACUCUGCCUACGCCAUCGUCAUCUUCAGCGACCUUUAAUUCGUCUUUGCCGUUGUCCAGUUCGCAUGAAGGAGAGGCUCUUCUGGAUCUGGCUCUGGGUAUCAACCAUCAGCAAGAUCUAGGGGACCCAAUCAAGAACGUUUGGAUAUUUGUUAUAAUAAAUAUUUGGAAGAUCAGCAGAAGGAAGCGAAGCGAAAAGAAGAGGAGGAGAGAACCAGACUACGUAAGGAGGAAGAGGAUCAGAAACUUGAAUGGAAGAGAGCGUGAGUCGUUUGAACAAGAGAUGGGUAAACGAUUGGAGAUGAGGAUGCCGCAGUUAUGUCCCGUUAAGGAGGGAGGGACGGAGGUGGGGAGUGUUGGCGUCAAGAAGGAUGAGUUAGCGAUUCUCAAGGCGGAGAAUGAAAUGCUCAGAUUGAAGCUGGAAGGGGCGAAGGCUUCGCAGGAAGAGGAUCGGUUUAUUCUUCUGCAAUGGGAGCUUAUAGAUCUCCGGAAACAAAUGGCUGGAAACGGGCUCAGGAGGAUGAGAUCUUUGCGUUGAAGCAAGAGAUCGGGGAGCUACGGGAAACGGCGUUGGUUAAGAUUAAUUUUGAGUAGGAAAUUGUUGGGAUGAAAAGGGAGAUCGAGGUGUUGCGUGGUAAGAUUGAGCGAGCGAUGGACGAGGUUGUGUUGUGGAAGAAUGAAGCUCUCAGGCCACG